AUGUCAUCAUCUGCAAAUAGACCAAUAGUUAUUUCCGGUCCUUCAGGUACUGGUAAAUCAACUUUAUUGAAAAAAUUAUUUGCUGAAUAUCCUGAUAGAUUUGGAUUUUCAGUUUCCAACACCACCAGAAAACCAAGACCUGGUGAAGUUGAUGGGAAAGAUUAUAAUUUUAGUACAGUUGAAGAAUUUAAAAAAUUAAUUGAUGAAAACAAAUUUAUUGAAUGGGCCCAAUUUUCUGGUAAUUAUUAUGGUACGACAAUUAAAGCUGUGAAAGAUGUUGCUGAACAAGGUAGAACUUGUUUAUUGGAUAUUGAUAUGCAAGGGGUCAAAUCAGUUAAGAAGACUGAUUUGAAUGCCAGAUAUCUUUUUAUAAGUCCUCCAUCUAUUGAAGAAUUGAAAAGUCGAUUGACAGGUAGAGGAACUGAAACUGAAGACAGUUUACAAAAAAGAAUUGCUGCUGCUUCUGAUGAAAUGGAAUAUGCCCAAACUGGUGCUCAUGAUAAAAUAAUUGUUAAUGAUGAUUUGGAUAAAGCUUAUGCUGAAUUUAAGAAAUUUAUCGUUGAUGAACAAUAA